GCUAAGACGUUCACUGAACAUACUACAAACAGCUGUUUUGCUUCUUGUUCUUCUUUCCUAUUGCAUGUGAAACGAUUACCGCAGCAUAAAAUUUAAUAAUUUUAAAAUUGAAUUAAAAAAAUUGCAAUAAAAUAAAACAUGUUUACAAAUAUUCUACAAAAAACCUGCGCCACCCUUAGCAACUAUGGACAAAUGAUGUUUACCCGUGAGGCUCAUGUCUUUAAUAGAGCUGUGCUGAAAUGUAAAGUUCGUUGCCACUUUCCCAAGCCACGCGAAGUGAAACGUAUCAAGGUGCACGGUUGGGAGGCACGCAUGUCAACAGAAGGUGGCCGCCGUGUCUUAAUGAGACGUAUUUUGAAGGGUCGUUAUGAUUUGGCACAUUAGAGAAGAAUUUGUUGCUUGUUGAAAAAUAAAAAAAAAGAAAUAGUUUAAUUUUAAAAAUUAAAA